AUGCGUCGCCAAAGAAUUCAUGCGGCCCGCCAAAGAGUUCAUGCGACCUGCCAAAAGAAUUCAUGCGACUCGCCAAAAGAAAGUUCAUGCGGCCCGCCAAAAGAAUUCAUGACCUCGCCAAAAAGAAUUCAUGCGACCCGCCAAAAGAAUUCAUGCGACUCGCCAAAAGAGUUCAUGCCCGCCAAUCGCCAAAAGAAUUCAUGCGGACUCGCCAAAAAAGAAUUCAUGCGACUCGCCAAAGAAUUCAUGCGGCCUCAUAAAAAGAGUUCAUGCGACUCGCCAAAAGAGUUCAUGCGGCUCGCCAAAAGAAUUCAUGCGACUCGCCAAAAGAAUUCAUGCGACUCGCCAAAAGAAUUCAUGCGGCCGCCAAAAGAAUUCAUGCGACUCGCCAAAAGAAUUCAUGCGUGCCCGCCAAAGAAUUCAUGCGAUCGCCAAAAAGUUCAUGCGGCCCUCGCCAAAAGAAUUCAUGCGACCCGCCACUCGCCAAAGAAUUCAUGCGGGCCCGCCAAAAGAAUUCAUGCGACUCGCCAAAAGAAUUCAUGCGACUCGCCAAAAAAAAUUCAUGCGGCCCGCCAAAGAAUUCAUGCGACUCGCCAAAAGAAUUGCGGACCGCCAAAAGAGUUCAUGCGACCCGCCAAAAGAAUUCAUGCGACUCGCCAAAAAAGUUCAUGCCCGCCAAAGAAUUCAUGCGACUCGCCAAAGAAUUCAUGCGGCCUCGCCAAAAGAAUUCGGCCCGCCAAAAGAAUUCAUGCGCCAAAAGAAUUCAUGCGGCCCGCCAAAGAAUUCAUGCGACUCGCCAAAAGAAUUCAUUCAAAAAAAUUCAUGCGGCCCGCCAAAAGAAUUCAUACAAAUCGCCAAAAAAAGUUCAUGCGGCCCGACUCGCGAAAAAUUUGUGCGACCCCGCCAAUAGAAUUCAUGCGACUCGCGAAAAGAAUACCGCGCGACCCGCCAAAAAAUUCAUGCGGCUCGCCAAAAUUCAUGCGACUCGCCAAAAGAAUUCAUACGACCUGCCAAAAUGCAAUAAAAUUCAUGCGACUCGCAAAUUCAUACGCCCAAAAAGUUGGUGCGUCUCGCCAAAAAGAAUUCAUCGCCAUAAACCGUCAUCGCUCGCCAAAAGAGUUCAUGCGACUCGCCAAAAAUUCAUGCGACUCACCAAAAAAGAGUUCGCCAAAGAAUUCGCGGCUCGCCAAAAGAAUUCAUACGACUCGCGAAAAGAAUUCAUACGACUCGUCAAAGAAUUCAUGCGACCGCCAAAAGAGUUCAUGCGGCCCGCCAAAAGAAUUCAUGCGACUCGCCAAAAAGAGUUCAUGCGGACUCGCCAAAAAGAAUUCAUGCGACUCGCUAAAAGAAUUCAUGCGAUCGACAAAAGUUCAUGCGGCCCGCCAAAAGAAUUCAUACGUAUAA